AUGUCCGAAGACGAAAAGAAGUUAUCUAAAAUUCGCAAUAUCGGCAUCAUGGCUCACAUUGAUGCUGGCAAAACUACUACUACUGAACGAAUACUUUACCAUUGCAAAAAAAUCUGGAAAAUCGAGCACCAAAUAAAUAUUAUUGACACUCCCGGACACGUUGAUUUUACUGCCGAAGUAGAAAGGUCUUUGCGGAUUUUGGAUGGCGGAAUAGUCGUAAUGGAUGGCAAAAAAGGGGUCGAAGCUCAAACGGAAACGGUUUGA